AUGUCCAAGACUCCUGCUGAAAUGAAACAGGCUUUUGUCUGUCAGCUGGGAGAGGCACAAUGGGACGAGACCUGGGAGAGCAUCGCCAAACUCAGUCCCGAACUGUUCGAAGCCAGCGUCAAUCUCAUCACCGUUCCCAGGAAGAAAAAAUAUCUCUCUCCCAAAAUCCAGCAGCUCAUGUCCAUCGCUGUCGAUGCCGCCUCUACCCAUCUCUACGUGCCAGGUAUUCGAAAACACAUUGAUGCAGCAUUGAAAGAGGGAGCCACUGCAGCGGAGAUAAUAGAAGUGAUCGAGCUGACCGGCACACUGGGCAUCCACGCUUGCAACAUUGGAGUUCCUCUAUUGGUCGAAGUGAUGAAAGAGGAGGACCUUUAUGACACACAUCCCACGGCAGGCAAACCCUUUGAUGAGCGACGAGAAAAGCUGAAGGCCGAUUUCACCAAGAAUAGGGGCUACUGGCAUACAUUCUGGGAAGACUUUCUCGCUCUGGAUCCCGAAUUCUUCGAGACCUAUCUCAACUUUUCAUCCGUUCCUUGGCUCAAAGACGUCGAUGGCACUGGCAAAGGUGGCGGAGCAUUGGAACCCAAGGUCAAAGAAUUGAUUUAUUGUGCCUUCGAUGCUGCCGCCACCCAUCUCUACGUUCCAGGCCUCAAAUUGCAUAUGAAAAACGUUCUGAAACAUGGUGGUACGCCAGAAGAAAUCAUGGAAGUUCUGGAGAUUGCCACACAGUUGAGUCUACAUACGUCCAAUGUCGCCGCACCCAUUCUGGCGCGGCAUUUGGGGAAGGCGUAA